AUGUCUCUCUAUAAAUUGGCUGAUGGUAUUCUGGAAACACAUGUCACGUGGCGAGAUGUUGAAGAAAAACUUCAGAAAAAGUUUGGAACGAAAGCGGCAUUCGGAGAGAAAAAAACGGCAAGAAAUAUAAGUGAUUUAAAAGGUUUCAUGUCCAAGAUUGCCUUAAUUGAACCGAACUGGCAAAACAUCGAAAAUGAUAAAAUAUUGCCAAACAAGUUCGCUGUAAAGAUCUCAUCCCAACUGCCGUUUUUAGAAUAUUCUAAAGUAUUAAAGAUAACUGAUGAAAAUGGUUACGAUGAUCAGAAAUUGACAUUUUUGGGUAAAAUACUGAGAGAAGCUCAUAAUCGAGAAGUGGAAACGUACAAACUUUUGGAGAGAUUCAAUCAUCCGGAUGUGCCGUAUACCAAGAUCUACGCAAUGAAAUCAUUCUCCGAUGAGUCUGACCUAAAAGGAUAUAUUCUCAUGAAAUACAUCCCAGACAUCCAUAUUACUUCAAUGUCUGAACAUAUAUCGGCUGAUGACCUAAUUCCGGUAAUUCGUGGUGUUGCAACUUUCGCGGCUCUCGGUCAUAACUUGUCUGAUUCCGAGAAACAAUUUGUUUUGGGACCUGAGUUCCUCGAAUAUUAUUUCAAUACGUUUCUUGAUCCGACUAGCCUGGAAUCAACUUUUGAACAUCUUCGUGUUGCGUUUUCGUUCUUGGAAUCAUCCGAAACAGACAAACUCUUCAAGAUUUAUCGACACUACAUUCAAAAUGUGAACAAAUUUACUAGAAUCUCUGAUCUUGUUGGUCUUCCAUUGAUAUUCAAUCAUGGGGAUUUAUGGCAAUCUAAUAUUCUUUAUAAAACUGAAAAUAGAGGAAAGCUGAAACUGAAGGCCAUAAUCGACUGGCAAGCGUUGUCGCUUUUACCUCCUGGAUUCGACAUGGCCAGAUUGUUUAUGGGAAGUCUCUCCCCGGAGGAUCGCCGUCAACGAACAUCAGAACUUCUCAUGAUCUACCACGAAACGUUCACUCAAUCGCUAGGAAUGGAAUUGUUUUCGCAUCAAGAGAUUAUCGACUCUUACAAUCUUCAUUUUCCUCUGAUGUCUCUCAUGGUUCUUCCUGGAUUGACACCAUUUCUUGAUGCUUCUCAUCUCUACGAACCAGAAAAAUCAGAAGUUCGAGAGAAAACCAAACGGAAUAUGCAAGCAAUAAUUGAAGAUGUUUUUGAGAAGCACGAGUAUAAUAUGGAAAAUUAUGCUGAUUUUAUGAAAAAGUGA